GAACCCGUUAAAAAUAAUGAUUCUCUAAGAGAAUUCAUUAUUUUGGCAGAACCACUAUGGGAGACAGCUAAAGAUAAUGAUUCUCUAAGAGAAUUCGUUAUUUUAGCAAGCUCACUAUGGUAA